AGGUGGCUACGAGCCCUCAUGCCGGGAUGGCAGAAGAUGAACCCGACGCUAAGAGCCCCAAGACUGGGGGACGGCCCCCCUCAGGUAGUGCUGAGGCGGGAGAACCCACCACCCUUCUUCAGAGGCUCCGAGGUACCAUUUCCAAGGCCGUGCAGAACAAAGUCGAGGGGAUCCUGCAAGAUGUACAGAAAUUCUCAGACAACGACAAGCUGUAUCUCUACCUUCAGCUCCCCUCAGGACCCAGUACUGGAGACAAAAGCUCAGAGCCAAGUACACUUAGCAAUGAGGAGUACAUGUAUGCCUAUCGAUGGAUCCGCAACCAUCUAGAAGAGCAUACUGACACCUGUUUGCCAAAGCAAAGUGUUUAUGAUGCCUAUCGGAAGUACUGUGAGAGUCUUGCCUGUUGCCGCCCACUCAGCACCGCCAACUUUGGCAAAAUCAUCAGAGAGAUCUUCCCUGACAUCAAGGCCCGAAGGCUUGGUGGCCGAGGCCAGUCCAAAUAUUGCUACAGUGGCAUACGAAGGAAGACCUUGGUGUCUAUGCCACCCUUACCUGGACUUGACCUGAAGGGCUCUGAGAGUCCAGAAAUGGGCCCAGAAGUAACCCCAGCACCCCGGGACGAACUGGUUGAGGCAGCCUGUGCUCUGACCUGUGACUGGGCAGAACGAAUCCUGAAACGAUCCUUCAGUUCCAUCGUUGAAGUCGCCCGCUUCCUCCUGCAGCAGCACCUCAUCUCUGCCCGGUCUGCCCCUGCCCACGUACUCAAGGCAGUGGGGCUCGCUGAUGACGAUGAACAUGCCCCUCGGGAGCGGUCCUCUAAAUCCAAGAAUGGUGUUGAGAGCCUAGAGGGUGGAGCCCAUAAGAAACCAGAGAGACCAGCCCAGCCACCUAAGGAGCCGGAACCCCGUGCUGGGGCUGGCCCUCCUGCACGUGGAGAGCGGAAGAAGAGUGUAGUGGAGAGCCCAGCCCCAGCAGCCAGUAACCCACAGGUUAAUGCCCUGGUGGCCCGGCUGCCUCUGCUCCUUCCCCGGGCCCCUCGCUCACUUAUUCCACCACUCCAAGUCUCUCCCCCCAUCCUGGCCCCCAAGCUUUCUUCAGGCCCUCUGAAAGUGGCUCUGCCCAGUAGGGCUGGGGGACCCCAGGCAGCUGUGCCCAUCAUUAACAUGAUCUUACCAGCUGUUCCUGCUUUGCCUGGACCCGGGCCUGGGCCUGGGCCUGGGCCUGGGCCUGGGCAAGCCCUACCUGGGGUGCUUGCUCAGCCACGAGGCACAGAGAACAGGGAGGUAGGCAUAGGUGGUGACCCAGGACCCCAUGACAAAGGUGUCAAGAGAUCAGCAGAAGUACCUGUGAGUGAGGCCAUUGGGCAGGAUCCACCAGCUAAAGCAGCAAAGCAGGAUAUAGAGGAUACAGGAAGUGAUGCCAAAAGAAAACGGGGGCGCCCUCGAAAAAAAUCAGGUGGAAGUAGGGAAAGGAACUCUACCCCUGACAAGUCAGCAGCUGCCGUGGACUCUGCCCAGCCCUGCCAGUUACCACGGGAGACAUGGGCCUCUGCAGGGGAGAGCAACUCUGCCAGAGGGUCAGGGAGACCAGGGCCAGUGGGAGGGGCUGAGAAGGGGAUGGUGCUUGCCCGGGAUCAGGAAGAUGGUGUUUCCAGAGGAGGAAAGGGCCCCAGUUCCCGGCAUGCCAAAGAAGCAGAAGAUAAAAUUCCUCUGGUCACCUCAAAAGUGAGUGUCAUCAAGGGCAGUAGAAGCCAAAAGGAGGCUCUUCCAAAGGGAGAGGUAGACACCGCAGCACAGGGUAAUAAAGACUUAAAAGGGCACGUGCUUCAGAAUUCCUUAUCCCAUGAAGGGAAAGACCCCCAAGCAACACCCCCUUGA